AUGGGCAAGUUGAUCGUUAAGGCUGAGGCAUAUGACGAGGGGUCGGAGAGCUAUGGAAUUCCGGGGAUCGAAGUAGAGGGUGAAGAACGCUCCCGAGCAGAAGAAGCACUUUCGCAAGGAGGCCCUUUCUCACCUCUCGCUCAUCUCAAGGGGAAGACCGUGGGGCCUCUCAUUACGUCGAUCGAUUGGAAAGCCGAUAGCGAGCAGCUCAAGUGCGACAAGAUAUUCCACUUCAUCGCUAACCAUCCCCCUGGAGGAUAUCCAAAGGGCGACCUCCGGUGGUUGUUCGAUUUCGUGGAGGCCAAUACAGAGAGGAUCCAAGGCAUCAUCGAGGGUUGGGAGCCGAUAAAAAAGAAGAGAGACUCCGAGAAAAAACGUUCCUUACUUAAGAAAAUCCGUCAGAGAUUCUCCAGAAAGUAG